AUGGGAUUCUUGGCUAGAGAAAGGUUCUGUGACAUGGACGCCCAGCCCAACUCGGUCGGUCGGUUGGCCCACCUAACAGAUGAUGAUAUUCUCGAUCGAUUUGAUCGAAUUUCAUUCUUUCUCACUAUUCAGAACAGUGGAGCUUUCGAUCAAGAUCUUCUCGCCUCACCCGUUUGGGCUCUCGCUCGAAUCGGAACCUUUAUGCAACCGAUGCGAGAGGGAGAAGCGGGGAUUGAUAGCUUUCAAGAACCAGUGGAAAGGAAAGACUUCUUCCCUGCAUUCCUUCCUUUCCAAAAAAAAGGAAAUUUGUUUGGGCAAAAACCUUGGUAG